CAUUCUUUGUCUUCUCUCUCUCUCUAUUUUUUUCUAAUAAAUAUACAUGUCUUUAAAGAAAGGAAGAAUAAGACCUGUCAAACGCAUGCCAGGUAUUGACAGUACGCAGGAAUAUGAAGAAGGCUUUGAGAUUCUCAGUAGUGCUAUUACCGUGAUCUUUGGAAAGCAAGCAAGGGAACUAUCCUAUGAGUUACUCUAUAGAACAGCAUAUAAGUUGACCAUACGUCAAUUUGGUGAACGUCUCUAUCACGACGUAGAGAAAGUGAUUGCUGAAUAUCUAGAGAAUAUUGCAGAAACAUCCAUUGUACCUGCCUUUACAAAUUCUUCCGGUACAGCAGACGCAGGGGCUACUUUUCUAAAAACAGUACAGAGAGUAUGGGAUGAUUAUACGACUGCUAUUGAUCUUAUUUUACAAGUAUUGUACUAUUUAAAUGAACGAUUACCUAAAUAUCAAUUACCAAGUGUGUAUGAUAUGGGACUCAAUUUAUUUCGUGAUAAAGUCAUUCGAUCCUCUAAACACCCUAUCCAAAAGCAUUUGAUAUCAGCCAUGUUGAAUCAAAUUCAUCUUGAAAGAAAUGGAGAUGUGAUUGACAGAAGCGCAAUUCAGUCUUCUGUGGCCAUGUUGGUUGAACUGAAUGAUCAAAACACGAAUAACACAGUGUAUGCAGUCGACUUUGAAGAAAAGCAUUUGGAGACCAGCAAUUCAUUUUAUCAGAUUGAAAGUCAAAAAUUAGUGUCUUCUUAUGAUGCGCCUGAAUUCAUGCGAAAAGUUGAUAAACGAUUAGAAGAAGAAUACGAACGUACAAUUCACUGUUUAUCAGUGACAACAGAACCCAAGAUUCGAACAAUUAUCGAGACUCAAUUGAUUGCUAACAAUUUGAGUACGUUGAUGGAAAUGAAGCAUUCUGGACUGGAAAGCAUGUUAGCUGCUGAUAAAUAUGGAGAUUUAUCGCGCAUGUACAGUCUAUUUUCACGCGUACCAGCUGGUCUGAACGAGAUGAGAACAUUUAUCAGCAAAUAUAUCUUGACAUUGGGUGCAGAAAUCAAUCAACAUGUAGUGGCUGAUUCAAAAUCAACCAAGAUAACGGGUUCAGGCAAUGUGGCUUUAAACUGGGUGAUGGAAGUAUUGGCCUUACAGGACAAAUUUGAUAAGAUUCUAGAUCAAGCAGCCAACAAAGACAAGUCUUUCCAGACUGUAUUUAAUGAAGCAUUUGAGAAGUUCAUCAAUGAAAACCCAAAAUCAGCUGAAUUUAUCUCUUUAUUUAUCGAUGAAAACUUAAAGAAAGGACUCAAAGGCAAAUCAGAAGAUGAAGUGGAUGAUGUGUUGGACAAGACAAUUAAUCUAUUUCGAUACUUGCAAGAUAAAGAUGUGUUUGAACGAUAUUAUAAACAACACCUGGCUAAGCGCCUUUUGUUAAACAGAAGUGUUUCUGAUGAUGCAGAGAGAGGCAUGCUUUCAAAGUUAAAGCGAGAAUGUGGUUAUCAAUUCACCAACAAACUUGAAGGUAUGUUUAACGACAUGCGAUUAUCAGCAGAAAUGAACGGCUUCUUUAAGGAGUUUUUGGACAGUCAUGAACAACAUAAGUUAUCUAUGGACAUUUCUGUCACUGUUUUGACAUCUACUUUCUGGCCCAUGAACUUGUCUGCUUCACCUAAAUGCAUUAUGCCACCCAUGGUCCUUAAGGCUUCCAAGGCCUUUGAAGCCUAUUAUUUUGAUCGACACAAUGGUCGCCGUUUGACAUGGCAGCCCCAGAUGGGUUCUGGUGAUAUGCGUGCUUAUUUCAAGAAAUCCAAGCAUCUUUUGAACGUCUCUACGUAUGCCAUGAUCGUCUUACUUUUGUUUAAUGAACAUGACGAACUCAGUUGGGAUGAAAUCAAACAUCAGACUCAGAUUGCAGACGGCGACUUGAAGCGUACCUUACAGUCUUUGGCUUGUGCCAAAUUCAAGAUCCUGACAAAAUCAUCCAAAGGCAGAGACAUCUUGCCAGACGAUCGUUUUUGUUUCAAUCAUGAUUUUACUAGCAAUAUGGCUCGUAUCAAAAUCCAAACAUUGGCUUCUAAAAUAGAAAAUGAGGGUGAGCGCAAGCAGACACAAGACAAAGUGGACGAAGAACGCAAACACCAAAUUGAAGCUUCUAUUGUACGUAUUAUGAAGGACCGUAAAACAAUGGAACACAAUCUGCUGAUUGCUGAGGUGACAAAGCAGCUUAAUGCAAGAUUCAUACCCAGUCCUGUCAUGAUUAAAAAGCGUAUUGAGGCGUUAAUUGACCGUGAAUAUUUGGAAAGAAGUACAGAAGAUAGACGUUCAUAUCAUUAUCUAGCAUAACAAACAAAGCCCUUUAUUGAAAAAAGAUUAAAUUAAAUUCUAGAAAUUAAGCAGAGCAUGAGAUACAUAAGCAAUGUUUACAUCAGAUUAUAAGGAAGAGCAGAAAAUAGAAGGUCAACAUAUAUGA